GACGUCGCGUCGCGUCACCGUUUCAAAUCUUAUAAAAGAACGCGGAACCUCCACGAACAGUCAGUAACCCAAUAAACUUUCGUGCUAGACGCUCGCGUCGAAACCUAAAAUAAAAAUACAACCAUCUCAAUUGAACAUUAAAUCUAUCCAAGUUUGCUAAUUGCAAACGCAACGAUAAACCUUAUUGUUUCAAUUAUUGUGUCAUCGGUGUUUGUGCAACAAUAUAUUCAAGUUGGUCGUCGUUUGAUAUCAUUAUUACAUUUUAUUCCUGUAAUUUUAAUCAGUUGCGGAAGUGAGUUUCCCGAUAUAAUAUAUUCGGGUUGAAAAUUCAUUGAACUUGGAACUCCAGAUAGUGAGUUUCAAUUGUGAUUUUUUUUGUUCUCUGUCAAAGCAAUACUUAAAAUAUAGAUAGUGACAUCAACAUCAGGAAUAACGUGGUGGUACCAUGUCGCUUAGUAAGAACGUGAGACACUGCCGGAGAUGUAUAUCUUUAACUAGACAAUUUACUGGAAGUGCAGCAAGCAGAGAUGGAACUGCUAACGUAACUACGGCGGAAGCAGAUAAAAUGCCAGAUCCAGUGAACCUGCUGCGAAACACAAAGAUGUCGAUGCCACAUUAUUGGAAAUUUCUUUCUCAGCUAAAAGAAUAUCUGAAUAAAUCUGGCUACGAGAAAAACCUGCAACUGGUCAUUAAUAAAGAUUGGAUAAAUUUCUUUCAAAGAAUAACUUACGCCCAGGUUGAAAGCAUCAGAAAAUUUACCGAUGAUGAAAUUAGAAAGGCUAAAUCUAAGGCUUCCAGUUCAUCAACUGGUCCAGAACAAGAUACAGGAAUCAAGCAAUCUUUAUCUGUGUCUCCAUCUGUAAUUGAACCUAAAGAUAUCAGGCCUGGCGAAGGAAAUACGCCACAUUCAUCUGUAUCUGGAGUCGAAGACAAACCAAAACAAGGAAUCAACCCAGCAAAAGAAGCAGCAAAAGAACAGGCGUAUUCAUUGCCCAAUGUAUUGACAGGUUUAAUGCCAAAACUUAGCCAAAAAUCAGAUGAAAAAACAUCCAUCAUUGUUCCAAGAUGGAAAAAUAACUUUGAUCAAAUAUCACGAAACAGUAUUGCCUCUCGAACAAGACACAUUUUGACAAGCAUUGCUAUUGCCGAAUCCAAUGCAUCUAAAUGGCGAAGAGUUGAAGACUUACUUACUCAUAUUGAUCAAUAUCCCGAUGCCAGACACUAUGCAAUCAAAGAAGGUGCUAUUAGGAUCUUGCUAGGCAUCAGACGAAACACUAAGGAUGAUCAAAGUAAAGGAGCUGUAAGAGAAGCUUUGGCUGUUUUGGGACAUAUCGAUCCACUACCUGGUCACGGUAUCAGGAUCCUUUCUAUCGAUGGUGGUGGUAUAAGAGGAGUACUUGUGAUAGAAAUGCUGAAGAAAUUGGAAAAGCUUACCGGAAAACGGGUCCAUGAAAUGUUCGACUAUAUCUGUGGAGUCAGCACUGGCGCUAUUCUGUCUGUUGUACUAGCUACUUCGAAGGAACGAGGCGGAUACAAACGAAAAUCCUUGGACGAAGUAUCUGUACUCUAUAAGGAACUCAGUACAAAGAUUUUCAAUCAAAGCGCACUCUGGGGUACAAGUAAUCUUGUCUGGAGUCACGCUUAUUACGAUACAUCAUUGUGGGAGAAAAUGCUACAGGAACAAAUGGGAGACAAAGACUUGAUCAAAACAACGCGAGAUAAUAUUACACCAAAGCUUUCCGCCAUUUCCACAGUUGUUAAUCAGGAUCGAGUCAUGGCAUACGUAUUUAGAAACUAUACACUACCUCACAGAGUUGAGAGCCAAUACAUGGGAUCCUACAAACACAAACUUUGGGAAGCUGUCAGAGCGUCUGCCGCAGCUCCAAGCUACUUUGAGGAAUUCAAACUUGGAGAUUAUCUUCAUCAAGAUGGAGGCAUAUUAGUCAACAAUCCCUGUGCUGUUGCGAUUCACGAGGCAAAGCAGUUGUGGCCAAACAAUCCAAUCCAGUGUGUCGUUUCCUUUGGCACAGGCCGAACACCCAACAGUUUACUCGGCUGUGACGAGCGGGAUACCAAACCAGUAGCAGGUAGUUCAAGUUGGAAGGAUAAGUUCUUCAAAAUUCUAGACAGUGCUACAGAUACAGAAGCCACUCACACUACGUUAAAUGACCUUUUACCGGAUCAUAUCUACUACCGCUUCAACCCAUACUUGACUGAAAUGUUGACAAUGGUGGAAAUUAGACCUGAAAAACUUGCGCAACUUGAGGAAGAUGCUGCAAUGUACAUUCGUAGGAAUGAGGAAAAGUUUGAACAGGCAGCAAAGGCAUUGCUCAAAGAAAAGAAACUUACCCAAAAAGCAAUGGAUUGGGUUACACUGCAGAAGAAAGUUCUUGGCUUAUGAUCAAGUAAUGAGUUAGAUUUAGAUUUUACCAUAUCGACGGUCUGAACUGGUUUCGAUAUACAUAUGUAUAUGACUACUUGUACAACGUACGUACAAGUUGGAAUGACUGGUGAUCGUCAAGAUGACGCCGUAAUAUUUUUUUCCCGUUACGCUGAUCGUUUUUAUCCUGUUCAUUGAACACGGUAUAUAAGCUAUAAAGAAAUGAUUGAAUAAGUUCGGUCAAAUGUUAUUUACGAUAACGUGAUGAAUAUUAUACGGUCACUGAUCGAGGUUUAGUUGAAAAUAAUUUCCAUAGAAACAGUCGCAUAUCGCGUAUAAUGUAGAAAAUUAAUUCGAACGAUCUUAUUUCGAAAUAAACUUGAAAAGAUCCUGAUUUUGAACUGUGAUAUAGUUUUUUUUUACUGUACAACUCAUAAUUUAUGAUCACCGAAUACGAAUAUUUCAAUGUAUAGAAAAAUCUGUGUACGAUGUUAAAUGUUUCUCACCUUUUGCUCUAAAUGUUUCAUAGAUACAUUGACAUAUUGAAAUACCAAUUUUCAAUGUCCACGAAUAAUAAGAUUUCAAUUUUGAGUCAAACACUAAACACUAACUAGUGGGCAAAUGAAUCAUGUAAAAACUUGAAAAUACUAUUGCAUGCAUUUUGCUUUAAGAAAACGUCAGAUUCUGUCGUCUAAAUUGAGCUAUAUCUCAAAUAAUUGACGUGUCUCAAUUUUUUCGUUCAGGAGUUAUUGGCUGCAAACGGGUUUAGCGAAGCUUUUACAAUUCGCUUUAAUUAUCAUUCUGAAGCUUUUAUCUUCCGAAACUCUAAUGCCAGAGCUUUGACAAGAAAAGUUUCAACGGUUUGUCCGAAGUAUAGUUUCUGAAACAUUUACUUUAAUUACCCAGUAGUUCAUAAUCUGUAAAUAAAUCAUCACAUACUUAAAUGUCUAGUAUUAUUUUGAUGCUAAUUGUAAUAGAAAUAUAGUUAAUGAUAUUAUAGCGAAUCGGUUAUAAGAGAAUAAUUCUUUCUAUAAUUAAUACCGCAAUCUACAUUGAAAUAUAUUCAUAUGUAUUUCAUAUCGUUGAUUAGUUAAUAAACACCUUACUAGUUGA